CCUGGCAUCGGAGCCCCAACCGUUCCUCCCCGGCGCAAUCCCGCGAGCUGCCCAGCGCUGCCCGGAGCCGAUCGCAGUGCCUUCCCCUAGCACUUUAUCCUGGGACGGAUUUCGCGAGAAGAAAAAGAAACCAACAGGUUGCCAGCCCCAGCGCGCCCGCGCGCGCACCCCCCCAGACGCCGAGAGGGAAGCCCCCCGGCCCCCGGAUUUGCUUUCCUGCUCUGGCCGCGCUCAGGCAGCAGCAGGAGGCGAGGGGAGGAGGAGGGAGGGGGCCAUGGCUCGGCCCGAGCCGUCCGCGCCGCCCUCGCUGCUGCUGUUGCUCCUGGCGCAGCUGGCGGGCCGGGCGGCGGCUGCCUCCAAGGCCCCAGUGUGCCAGGAAAUCACGGUGCCCAUGUGCCGCGGCAUCGGCUACAAUCUGACGCACAUGCCCAACCAGUUCAACCACGACACGCAGGACGAGGCCGGCCUGGAGGUGCACCAGUUUUGGCCGCUAGUGGAGAUCCACUGCUCGCCGGACCUGCGCUUUUUCCUGUGCUCCAUGUACACCCCCAUCUGCCUGCCGGACUACCAUAAACCGCUGCCGCCCUGCCGCUCGGUGUGCGAGCGUGCCAAGGCCGGGUGCUCGCCACUUAUGCGCCAGUACGGCUUUGCCUGGCCCGAGCGCAUGAGCUGCGACCGUCUGCCGGUGCUGGGCCGGGACGCCGAGGUCCUGUGCAUGGAUUACAACCGCAGCGAGGCCACCACGGCGCCUCCCAGGCACUUCCCGGCCAAGCCUACAGCCGCCGGCCCGCCUGGAGUGCCGGCCGCGGGGACAGAGUGCGCCGCGGGCGGGCCGUCCGUGUGCAAGUGCCGCGAGCCCUUUGUGCCCAUCCUGAAGGAGUCGCACCCGCUCUACAACAAGGUGAGGACAGGCCAGGUGCCCAACUGCGCCGUGCCCUGCUACCAGCCGUCCUUCAGCCCGGACGAGCGCACGUUCGCCACCUUCUGGAUCGGCCUCUGGUCGGUUCUCUGCUUCAUCUCCACCUCCACCACCGUGGCCACCUUCCUCAUCGACAUGGAGCGCUUCCGCUACCCUGAGCGCCCCAUCAUCUUCCUGUCGGCCUGCUACCUGUGCGUGUCGCUUGGCUUCCUGGUGCGCCUGGUCGUGGGCCACGCCAGUGUGGCCUGCAGCCGUGAGCACAGCCAUAUCCACUAUGAGACCACGGGCCCCGCCCUGUGCACUGUCGUCUUCCUGCUCGUCUACUUCUUCGGCAUGGCUAGCUCCAUCUGGUGGGUCAUCCUGUCCCUCACCUGGUUCCUGGCGGCCGGCAUGAAGUGGGGCAACGAGGCCAUCGCAAGCUACGCGCAGUACUUCCACCUGGCCGCCUGGCUCAUUCCCAGUGUCAAGUCCAUCACGGCGCUGGCCCUUAGCUCUGUGGACGGGGACCCAGUGGCCGGCAUCUGCUAUGUGGGCAAUCAGAACCUCAACUCCCUGCGGGGCUUCGUGCUGGGCCCGCUGGUGCUCUACCUGCUGGUGGGCACCCUCUUCCUCCUGGCCGGCUUCGUGUCGCUCUUCCGCAUCCGCAGCGUCAUCAAGCAGGGCGGCACCAAGACGGACAAGCUGGAGAAACUCAUGAUCCGCAUCGGCAUCUUCACGCUGCUCUACACCGUGCCUGCCAGCAUCGUGGUAGCCUGCUACCUGUACGAGCAGCACUACCGCGAGAGCUGGGAGGCGGCCCUCACCUGCGCCUGCCCGGGCCCGGAUGCCGGCCAGCCGCGCGCCAAGCCCGAGUACUGGGUGCUCAUGCUCAAGUACUUCAUGUGCCUCGUGGUGGGCAUCACGUCGGGCGUCUGGAUCUGGUCCGGCAAGACGCUGGAGUCGUGGCGCCGCUUCACCAGCCGCUGUUGCUGCCGCAGCUCGCGGCGCGGCCACAAGAACGGCGGUGCCAUGGCCGCAGGGGACUACGCCGAGGCCAGCGCGGCGCUCACCGGCAGGACAGGGCCACCCGGCCCCGCCGCCGGCGCCGCUGCCUAUCACAAACAGGUGUCCCUGUCGCACGUGUAGGAGGCCCUGCGGCUGGGAGUUGAGGGGAAGAGAGGGGAGUUUUGUGUGUGGUGGCUUAGCCAAGGUCACUUCCGUUUACCUGCGUGGUGCUGAUGCCCCCUCCCGGGGUAGCUUGGAGAUGGGGGGGUUAAGAGGCUGGUUCAAGGGAGUCCUUGUCCCUGUUCUCAGAGGGGCUAAGUAUUCUCCCUUGGGCUUCUUGCUGCCUUCUUUGGAGAAACCCUCUUUUUUAAU